CGCAAUUACGCGGUGCACAGAGGCGCGAAUCGCUUCUUGAUCGCCGGUCUACUCGUCACUGCAGAUUCGAAUCCCUGGUACUUCAUUAGCAGCAUCGCCCUCGUCUUGGUGCUAGGAGGACUCUGGCUAGGCUUUGAGGCUUCCUUCUAUUGGCAUAGCGUCUCUCCGGCUGUCGUUAUCAUCUUUGCAUACCUGUGGCUCUCGGUACUGGUGAACAUGUUAGUCGCUGCUUGCAAAGACCCAGGCAUUCUUCCACGGGAUCUUGACCGCAAUCCACCGAUGACGACUGGCGAUGGAGAUUCUGGCUCCAUCCGAGCUGCCUACGACCCUGAUGAUCCUCUGAAUACCCCUAUGCCCCGAGUGAUCCGCAUUAGGAACGGCCAAGACCUGACCGUCAAGUGGUGCGAGACCUGCAGGACCUAUCGCCCACCCCGAAGCAGUCAUUGUCGUAUUUGCGACAACUGCGUGGACCUUAUUGACCACCAUUGCAUCUACCUCAAUACCUGCAUUGCCCGGCGCAACUACAUCCCCUUCUGGGCGUUCCUCUCUUACUCCAUCCUCACCUCUUUUGUGAUCUUGGUGACAUGCGCUGUACACCUUCACCUACUCACGCUGCCGAGCUCGGAUCGUCUACCUGUCAAUGGCUCCUUUGGUGGAGGGAGAAACUUCAAGGGAGCGCUACAAGACAGCCCAGUCAGCGCUAUGCUCUUUUUGCUCCUUAUUGGGGCAGUCAUACCCGUCUGUAUGCUAUUCAGAUAUCAUCUACGCCUCGUCGCCCUGGGUAGAACGACAGCAGAAGAGGUG